GCAUUUUCACGAUUUUACGAGCCUCAGCAUCGUCGCAGGGGAAACACGGCACGAUGCUCUUCUCCUCUUCGUCGUUCCUCGCCUCCCCUCGCCCUCCUCCGUCCAUCUCCCUCACCGGGAAAAUCACCGCCGUCGACUCCGCGCCCCUAUCUCCGCCACGUCAUCGAUCCAACCCCUCUCCCUCUCGAGCUCUCCAUUGGUCCCUCCCCGCCGCCGCCUCCAUUUCCUUCCUUCUUUGGUCCACUCCAGUGGAUGCUGGAAUUCUCUCGGGUUUCUCGGGGUUGGAAUCGGUUCCCGGACCUCAGCUCCCGCAGUUUGAUUUCCUCAACAAAUGGAACGAGGAUAAUCAGAAGAAGUAUGCUGAGUUCGACUCGCGAUUCAAAUCUACUACCGUGCUUAAGGAGCUGCUGGAGAAGUCUAGAUUGAAUAAAGAAAGGAAUCAGAAAGAACUCCAAGAUAAGUAUUGCUUGCGCGGCGCGGAAUGGGGUGUGGGUGAUUGCUCCACUGAAGGGAUGACACAAGAAGAAAGAGAUGAGUUUGUUGGAAUGCUAAAGAAGAGAAGCAAAGGUCCUUGGCAUCGGGCCGCCAUGGGCUCUUCUCCUCCUCCCCUUCCCCUUCAUGGGAGGAGCGGGCGCGGGGGUGACGAGGAGAGGGAGAGGGAGAGGGAGAAGGAGCAGCGGCCGCGGUUCUUCGACGCGAAGGCUCGGGCGAAGUGCUGGCAGAAGGCGGCGGUGGUGAGCGGGCGGCAUCCGGAGCGCUGCAACGUCGUCUGCAAGCGCUUCUGGAACUGCCACGGCUGCCUCUGCUACGAGUACGAUCACAUCGUCCCCUUCUCCAAAGGCGGAGAGUCGACUGCGGAUAACUGCCAAAUUCUGCAAACAAGGGUGAACAGGUUCAAAUCGGACAAGGAAUGGGUGGGCAAGGCUGAGCUCAAAGGUUUCUCCUGCGAUAUUCAGUUCACUGACAAGGAGCUCGACAUAAUCGAGAUGGCGGUGUACGGGGAUGUCAUCCGCCCGGGGAAACAAUGCCGGUGCAGAACUGUUGCUGAAAUGCUCGGGCAGAUGAAGUCGAAGAACCACUUGGCCGCCUGCGAGCUACCAUACAAAGAACCACAAUGAACCUGCAUUCGCCGUAGUUUUUUUUUUUUUUUUCAUUUUAGCAUUGUGUUGUACUAUACUAUUAUUUAAUAUAAAUUAGAUAUACUUUAUUUGAAUGGCAUGGCUGAUGUUUGACUCCAACUCCCAAUCAAUGUUAGAUGGGUUUUAUCUGAUCUCUCUUUUUACGACCU